UCAUCAUCCUGAGACUGUGGAAAAGAAGCGUUUUUGUGCUCAGUGUGUAUGUGUGUGAGUCCCCGUGUUCGGCUCGGUGUUGACCUGCGACGGAUUAUUAUAAUGUUAUAGUUAUUUUUUAAUUAUUUUUUUAAAUUCACGGCGGGUUUUUUUUUUAAACACGUAACGGAAUUAUUAUUAUUAUAAUAUAUUUUUUGUACUCUUCUCAGCCGAGUGGAAUGUGUGUUGCCGUACACACCUCUGUGGAUGGAUAUAAAUAGGAUCCGCGGUGUGCGUGAGUGAGCGGGACCGGGUUUUUUUAUUUCCUGUGCUAGCUUACAUGGUGGUGAUUAUUACUAGCAUUUCAAGCCCGUGAACGCGUGUUGCCUUGGCUACGACCCGCCGAGGGGGGAAUUUUUUUUCUUCCGAAGACCGGCGUAUGUGCACCGGAAGGAGCCCCAUCUCCUGAACCACGCGCUGCCCUUGUGUCCCCCCUUUCCGCCUUGUUAUUUAAAGGUCUGAGGGUUGAGCAGUGAGGCUCUCACCGUGGCCUGACGCUGGAAUCAAUGCCGGGAAGUCGUUGUCCUCCUCAGGCAGCCUAGCGAAGGUUCAGAAAGUAGCAAGCUGGCUUUUGGAAAUGAACCAGGACCUGCUGGUUCCCGAACCUGCGCCGGAGCCAGAACCUGAGCCCGGACUCAUGAACCACGAGCGAGAACCUCAGCAGCGGAGGAGAGAUCGAGGAGAGGAGGAUGAGGAGGAGGAGGACGAAGACGAGCGAGAGCGUUCCGGAGAGGCGGAAGAAGCGGAAGAGGAACCCUGGCCUUCGGGGAGGGAGUCCGUGAGCCGGAACCAGGCAGCGGAAGAAGGCAGGAGAGAGGAAGUAAACGGAGGAGAGAAAGCCGUGCAGUGGUUGUGGGAGCAGGAGCAGCGGAGACGGCGGCGGAGACGGCGGAACGACGACGAGGAAGAGGAGGAGAACAACAACCACGGCGAUGACGAAGGAGGAGAAGGACUGGUACGGACGGGAGACGAAGAGGACGGAGAGCGGGAGGAAGAGGAAGAGAUGGACCAGGAGAGCGACGAGUUUGAAGCGUCAGAGGACAGCGCGAGAGAGGAGGACGAGGAAGCGGAAGAGGACGAGGGAGGAGAGACUGGACUACACCCUUCUCCGGUCAAAACCGGAGCGUCGGAUCCGAACGAUAACUCCGACGUCCAAUCAGGACGACAGAACCAAAGCUCAUCUUCAUCUAAGCACACGCAUCCUCAGAUGAAGAGGAAGUUGGACCAUGGCCCAGAAGUUCGACCGUUCCCUUCAGGAAAAAAACCCUGUCCAAGUCCGACGGGUUUGGUCCCGUACCCAUCCACUCCCACUACAUUCGGUGACCUGAGAGCUGCUAACGGACAGGGACAGCAGAGACGACGCAUCACCUCCAUCCAGCCUCCGACUGGCUUACAGGAAUGGCUCCGUACCUUCCAGAGUUGGAGUGGGCCGGAGAAGCUGCUGGCAUUGGAUGAGUUGAUUGACAGCUGUGAGCCGACGCAGGUAAAGCACAUGAUGCAGGUGAUCGAGCCUCAGUUCCAGAGAGACUUCAUCUCCCUACUACCCAAAGAGUUGGCUCUGUAUGUCCUGUCCUUCUUGGAGCCGAAGGAUUUGCUCCAGGCUGCUCAGACGUGUCGAUACUGGCGAAUCCUCGCGGAGGACAACCUGCUCUGGCGAGAAAAAUGCAAAGAAGAAGGUAUCGACGAGCCAUUACACAUCAAAAGGAGGAAGGUGGUGAAGCCAGGAUUCAGUCACAGCCCGUGGAAGAGCGCCUACAUCAGACAACACCGCAUUGACACCAACUGGAGGAGAGGAGAGAUCAAAUCACCCAAGGUGUUGAAAGGACAUGAUGAUCACGUCAUCACAUGUCUACAGUUUUGUGGGAAUCGUAUCGUUAGCGGUUCAGACGAUAACACACUCAAAGUGUGGUCUGCUGUCACAGGAAAGUGUUUGCGGACGUUAGUGGGACACACGGGCGGCGUUUGGUCCUCUCAAAUGCGAGACAACAUCAUCAUCAGCGGCUCGACGGACCGAACUCUGAAAGUGUGGAACGCCGAGACGGGAGAAUGUAUUCACACACUGUACGGACACACGUCCACCGUGCGCUGCAUGCACCUCCACGAAAAGAGGGUUGUGAGUGGUUCUCGGGACGCGACCCUGCGUGUGUGGGACAUUGACUCUGGUCAGUGUUUGCACGUGCUGAUGGGUCACGUAGCGGCGGUGCGCUGCGUGCAGUACGACGGCCGCCGUGUCGUCAGCGGGGCCUACGACUUCAUGGUAAAAGUGUGGGACCCUGAGACCGAGACGUGCUUACACACACUGCAGGGACACACCAACCGAGUCUACUCACUACAGUUUGACGGCGUCCACGUGGUCAGCGGUUCUUUAGACACAUCCAUCCGCGUGUGGGAUGUUGAGACGGGGAACUGCAUACACACGCUUACGGGUCAUCAGUCUCUCACCAGCGGCAUGGAGCUCAAAGACAACAUCCUAGUGUCGGGGAACGCCGAUUCCACCGUCAAAAUCUGGGACAUAAAGACGGGACAGUGUCUCCAAACGCUGCAAGGUCCUCACAAGCACCAGAGCGCCGUGACGUGUCUGCAGUUCAACAAGAACUUUGUGAUCACGAGUUCGGACGACGGCACAGUGAAGCUGUGGGAUCUGCGCUCGGGAGAUUUCAUCAGGAACCUGGUGAGCCUGGAGAGCGGCGGCAGCGGCGGCGUCGUGUGGAGGAUCCGAGCCUCGAACGUGAAGCUGGUGUGUGCCGUGGGCAGCAGGAACGGCACCGAGGAGACCAAACUGCUCGUGCUCGACUUCGACGUCGAACUCAAGUGAACUGGACAUGAAGUUGAAGGGAGAGAAAGAACGGAGGGGGCGAGGCGGUGGGGGUGGGGUGGGGGGGUCGAAUCGGGCCUCCUUGUGUGGCUCCACCGCUGGACCCACCACUGCUCACCGUUCCUGCCAUGAAUCGCCCCUUUAGUGACCGCUGCUGUGAUUUAUUUUUUGAGGGGUGGGGGGUGCUUCUUCAGCAACAGGGCGGGGCAUGACUGAUAGCGGAAGGAAGGAGGAACAGGAAGUGGGCCUCCUUGCGCAGCUCCAAGACCAGACCCACCGUAUAGAGGCAUCACCUCUUCCAUCUUUAAUAGGGGGACAGGGGCAGGAACGAGGAGGCGGAGCCUCUGCAUUCUAUGAAGAAAGGCUUCUCCAUGCAGCUCCAUGACUGGCAUCUGCUUGUCUGGUUCCUUUUUUUUUUUUUUUUUUUUUUUUUAAGGGGUUCUGUGCAGCAAAGCAUUCUGGGAAGGAACGGGAUGUGAUUAUUUUUCGUUUGUUUCUUUUCUCUCCUCACAGUCUUUCUCACUCAGAGACUUGCUGAUUUAAGCCUGCAUGCCCCAGACAGCAUUAUCUUUAUUUUUGUUCGUGUUUUUUAUUUUAUUUUUAUUUUUUUAUUUCUUCUUAUUUUAUUUUAUUUUUGUUUGUUUGUUUAUUUUUUUUCUUUCUUUUCAAACCGAUUACAAACAAGUUGACACUGUAAGCAUGACGUGAGCGAGGAAGGCGAGUUGACAGGUGAGGGUUUAUGACGAAUGCACGCAGGUUUAGUUUUUAACAGGAGAAAAAAGAUGGAGAAAAAAAAGCUUUGAGAUUUUAAAUGCGAGGAUUAAACAAAACACACACACACACACACACACACACACACACACACACAAACAGAAGAAGCCUCAAUAUGUCUGAGAAAGAGCCUGGCUUGUUAUUAUCCCUCCUCCUCCUUCUUUCCACAGACCUCACACACAAACACAAUUAUUUAGUGUUCAAUGCACAACUGUGAAUUUAAGUCUUUUUUUUUUCUCUCACAAACUCCAGCGUUUGCUGUUCUCAUUGUGUUUCCUCUUCACCGUUACCUCUAAGAUGAGUCUCAGUAUUAAUUCAAAGACAGUCUGGCGUAAAAUAAGAUCUCUCUACACAAGCACUCGCACACACCUGUUCCUCUCACCCUGAAUGUAGUCAAUCAGACUAGACGUGCUAAUAUCGCUAAAAGAAAAAAAAAAAAAGAAAGAUUAGCGCUGCUAGGUUAGCGUUGUGCAAACUGCAUGUCUAACUCAUCACAUUUGCCUCAAAAGACAUUGAGCACACGAUGCUAAACUGGGGGUUGUACACUUCUCGUUAUUAGCCAUGUUAGCAUGACUUCAAUCAGGCGUCGAAUAUCUGAUCGCAUUCGGGUUUUAGGAGGAAACCGAUGGGUUAUUGUUUUUGUUGUUGUUGUUAGACCUGCAUCUUUAAGUGCUGUUCCACAUCCUCAGUGUGCUUUCUGUUUUUCGCUCUUUUUCCUUUCAGCUUCCUUUGUUGGCUCAGUACCGUUGCUUCAGGUACCGUUGCUUAGAUUCGGAUUGUUUGGGGGUUUUUUUGUUUAGUUUUUUUUUUGGUUUGUUUUUAUUUUUCCUAUCCCUUUGGAAGCCCCGCCCCUUCCUGUUCCUGUUCUCCCAGUGGCCAAACUGAACUUAAUGCUGCUAGUCACUCAUGCGGGACUUUUGUGUGGUUUUUUUUGUUUUUGUUUCUUUGUUCCCUCCACUGGCUGCGACGUUUUAGUCUCAGACGAACUCCUAAAAUAAUUUAGACUUACAAAUAAAUCAACAAAAGACACACACGUGAUGCGCAACACAUGAAAUCAGACUUUUUCCAUGUUAUUUUUAUUUUUUAUUUUUAUUUUAUUUUUUUUUGCCACUGAAACUUGAGCCAAAUGUGCCUCUACGAGGCUGAAAGAGCGAGAUGGUCCGAUGGUCCGACUUACGGACGAUGCUCUGUGUGUGUGUGUGUGUGUGUGUGUGUGUGUGCUGCCUGUUUGUAAUUGAGCAUCGUUCACACAUUCCUUGGGACGGAAGUUCUGUCAGGGACGUGUUGGAUGGAUUUUUUUGUUUUUUUUUAUUUUUUUUUAACACACCGCAUCCGGAUCGAUGGAAAGUCGGACUCAUUCAUCGUUCUUUUUGAAGAGAGGACAAACAAGCAAACAAAAAAAUUACAAGCGUCAACGUAGCCAAACCCGUUCGUCUCAUUCUCCGAGUCACACGCUGAACUGUGAAACUGGUUUAACACUGUAUAUUAGGAUAAAAAAAAAAAAAAAACACAAGAAACAAGUUCUUUCUCCAGUUUUUAGUUUUAUUUAUGGUCUGGUUUAAGAAAAUCAGAUGAUGGAGGUCUUUUUUUUUUUUCCUUUGUUUGUUUGUUCUUUUGUUUUGUUUUGUUUUGUUUCUCCUUUUCUUUUUUGAUUCCAGUCCAAACUGCCUGGUGUUAACAGACAGAUUAAAAAAAAAACAAAAAACAACAACAAACCUUAAAGGGAUUGUCUAUUAGAAUUUUUAUUUUCUUAUAACUUAAGUGCAAUAAAAUGUGGGGUUAUUAAUGUUUUCCUUUUUUUUUUUUUUUUUUUGUUUCAUUUCAAGCUUCUUUUUUUUGUCACUGUGUGAAAGUGUCAUAUGUGCUCAAUAAAGCUUCUACGGUUUAUUGUA